AUGCGUUGGAUAGACUCAAGAAUGUUUAUAGUGAACGCGAGGGCCAAAGGCCCGAGCCUCACUGUGACUUGGAUUCGGAAGUAUUCUGUAGGAAUAAGGAGGAGGGCAGUAGAAAUCUUCACAACUGUUGCUCAUCUUAUAUCUGCUACAUCUGACUACAACAAAGGUGUCACCAAAACUUUACUAAAUCCUGUGUUGCCAUCAUUUUGUAUGAAGUUCAUUCAAGGUCUUCAGAUACCUGAUGGUGUAUUAUGUGAUUCUGGCUUAAAGACUGAAAUUAUUAAAGCACUAACUGCUUUGGUGAAAAACUUCCCAAAGCAAAUGAAUAAAUUCCUCCCACAAGUACUACAGGGUGUCUGGCAUACUCUUACUCAUAGUGCUGAUGUGUACCUCAAGACUGUCAUCAGUGACACUGAGAAUACUGAUUGCAGUGUUGAUUCCGAUGGUGAAGUACUGGGUAUUCCCAACUUGGUGCUAAGUAUAUUUGAAUUUAUACAUGCUGUUGUGGACUGUCCCAAAUUUUCUCAGGCUUUAGAAAAUGGCCUUUCAGAUCUUUUUUAUUAUCUCAUUCUCUUUAUGGAAAUAACUGAGGAACAGGUUCAUGUAUGGACAACAAAUCCAAAUCAAUUUGUUGAAGAUGAAGAUGAAAACACAUUUGCUUAUUCUGUAAGAAUUUCUGCACAAGAUCUUCUUUUAACAUUGUGCCAAGAAUUUGAAGACCAGAGUUAUGCAGCGCUGUGUCAAGCUUGUACUCGGCAUUUAGCUGAAGCAAAAGAAGCUCAGAAUAUGUGCAAUCCUAACUGGUGGAAAGUGCACGAGGCGUGCAUGUAUAUGCUGGGUUCUGUGAAAGAUUUGGUAAAAGAGAAGUUGCAAGCUGGAAAUACCCAGUAUGACCUUGUUGGGUUUUUGGAAUCCGUUGUCAUGCCUGACAUGAAUUCAUCUGGUUCACCUCUUCUUCUUGGCCGUUGUUUAUGGGUGGGCAGUCAGUAUGCUCACUUUAUGUCAACUCCAGUCAUUGAACAAUUUCUACAAGCAACUGUGGCAGGGCUUCAACCAAACCAAAGUGCUAACAUUCGCAUAUCAGCUGUCAGACCCUGUCAUUGUGGAGUUAUCUCAGGAUCUCUUCAAGGAGCUUUCACAGAAUCCAGAGUGCCUGGGGCCACUCCAACAGCGAUUGGUGCCUACGCUAAUAAGAAAGAAAAUCUUGCAAUGAUUCUUCCUUGUGCCUGUGCGUUCCCCAUACUUGAUUCAAUGAUGCCCAUACUCUCAAAAUUUCUUAGUUCAAGUCUUUAUACUCUUAGUGGUGGUGAAUGUUUACGAACAUAUAUUUCCAUUGCCCCAGAACAAGUUUGCAGUUACCACGAUUCAGAAGGACACACAGGAUUGUGGUACAUUCUGCAAGUUGCAGCCUUACUGCUGAAUCCCUCAUCCUCAGAAUAUUCAGCAACAUUUGUCGGACGUCUACUUAUCACGCUUAUUACAAAAGCUGGAGAUGUUUUGGGUGACAAUCUAGACCUUUUGUUGAAAGCUGUUUUGAGCAAAAUGCAACGUGCUCAAACUUUAAGUGUUAUUCAGCAUGGCUUGGCUCAUAAUGAUGAACGCCUUAGUAGCAUAUCAGUGAAAGGAGAUCAACUAUAUGUAACUGAAGGAGAAGCAGGCACAAAAACACGUUCCCAAUCCCAGAAUCAAAUGGAUCAUUGGACCACAAUUCCUUUGCUGGUGAAGAUCUAUAAAUUGCUUGUAAAUGAAUUGAGCAAUGCCAUGGAAGCUAGUGCAGCUAAGACAAGUGAAGAUUUGGAAAAUACAAAGAAAAGAAUACGUCAUGAUGAUGCCCGAGGUAUAGAAUUUCAUACCAUGGCCAAUAAAGGAAACUUUUGUCAUUUCUGCAGAGAAAAUGUAGCAACAUAUGCUAAUGCCAUAAUUAAAAUAUUAAAUAAUUUGGAAAAAGGUGAUGUGCUGGCUAGAAGUAUAGAUAAGUCAAAUGAGCUUGAGUUUGUUUUGGAACCUGCUGCCAAUGCAGUUGUAACAAUGAAAAUGACGCAGGCAGUGAUUUGGAGGACGGAACGAGUUUCGCACCACACACUUGUGGGCCAAGAAUCUGGUGAUGAUGGUGUUGAUGAUGAUGAUGAUGCUGAGGAUGAUCCAGACAUCCUACAAGAUCCUGUGUACCACUUGAACAUGCAGCAGUAUUUGACAGAUUUCCUGCAGUCUGUCAGCCAGCAACCUUGUUUUCCCGUGUUCUCUCAACACUUAAAUAACCAAGAACGACAGGUUUUAGCAGCCAUUGGUAUAGCCUUAUAGCCUUAUCUUUUAUACACAAAAUUGUUGUAUUUUUUUAUUAUUAUUAUUAUUAUUAUAUAUUCCUCAUGAGAUUUGAAACAAAAGAAUGCAUGAUGUACUGCAUGUGUUAAAGUCACAUUGCCUUGUAGUUUGGUUAAAGUUUGAUGUGAAAUCUUUAAGAAUUGGCCCAAGUGCAUAUUGAAGUCAAUAUAGAAUACUUUGAUACGAUUCAGGGAAACAUAUUACAAUGAUACAGCCAGCUUUCCUUGCUUUCUUAUAUACUUUUUGCUGUGAUAACUAUUUCUAAAAAACAUCACAGAACAAAUUUGUGGAAAUGUGGAUCUAGGCAUCUAUGUCAAAUGGUAGAUUCUGGUACGUAAACUGGGCUCUCUAGAAGGUGCUGUAGUCAGCUUCUAAAGGGUCUCAUGAGGAGAAAAAGUACAGAAAAAUUAUUGUAUCUUAGGAAGUUGUCCAGGACAAUAUUCCCAAGAAACCUCAACUGAAAUUUAGCCAUGGAAGUCUUCAUUUGCUGUCUUUACUUCCUACAGUAAACACUGUUUUGAAUUUGUUACUUACAACCCUGUUCACUUGCAAUUAUAUGCAGUUUGCGUGUUCCAUUUUUUGAAAUCAUUUCUGGAGUACUUAUUACAUUUCAGAAUGAUAUCCACAAAACCUUUUGUUUGUUUAUCCUGUAUUUGGAUACUUUCUUCUAUGGCUUCUUCUCUAACCUAAAAUCAAUGUUUUCUUUCAUAACAUUACACUAUGUGUUUAUAUAUGUAAUGAUGCUCUUGGACCUUCCUCACAUAUGAUAUGCAUCCAUCUAGUGUAAAAAAAGUGGAUGAAUAAAAUAAUAGGUAAAUAAUUGGUAAAGGUUAGGCGUUUCUGAUCUUAUGGUGCGUAAUUUUGCCUUUGUGGCAAAUAUCUCAUAUUUCAAAAAUGUUUACAAGACAGAUUAUGUAAUUACUCAUAGGAAAAAUAUAUGCAUCUGUAAUGUAUAGAGCAUUUUCCUAUGUUAAUGAUAGGAGGCCUGCAUAUUACAUUGUACAUGUUUAUAAUUACCUAGCAAAAAACCAAAGCACUGUUUUCGUUUUAGAUGAUUGGUGUGUGUGUGUGUGUGUGUGCAUGCAUACGAUGUGCAUACGCACAGUGCAGGUGCAUAUAUAGAACAAUGGGGAUAUGUUCAUGUAUGUGUAUGAUUUAAGCACAUGAUAGUGUGUGUGUUUGUGUGUAUGUAUGUAUGUAUGUAUAUAGAUAUGUUUGUGCCAUUGAACAGUGUUCCUCUAUAUUCACAUUUGCAUGCUGCAGCAAAAUCUUCUGGUGCUUGUUCUUUCUCUGAAUUUAUUAUUCUGUGCUGGUAGUGUCACUGUUGAAUUUCAUACUUGAUAUUUUAAGACUGAUGAGGCAAUGUUCCAAAUGGACAUAAAUAAUAAUUAUCUAAAAUAUGGUUAAUGUUAUUAUAUAUGUAAUUUUUAAAUAUGAAAGUAUUUACCAUGCUGUACAAAUAGGACUGCAAAAAUUUUGUACUGUUCAAUGAAAUUGUUUAUUUUUUGUGAUAGUUUUGAAAAUCAUGCAAAGAAUAACAUGGAGUGUAAAUGAGAAUAUAUAAAAAUAAGAUUAAGAUAAUAGUAUAUAUAUAUUAUAUAUAUAAUAUAUAUAUAUGUAUAUGUAUGUAUAUGUAUAAAAAUGUUUGCAUAUAUUUGUACUGUUUUUGUAUGAUACUAAUCUUGUAUCAUUCGAAUUG